AUGCCGCUUGACUCGUCGACGGCGGAAGUGACGAUUUUGGUGCUGUUAUGUUGGACUACGUCUGCUGCAGCCGCCUCCACGGCUAACCCUCACAAACACACGCCGUCGUCUUGUACCGAUCAGACGGUACGCAUCCGGCCGGACAAUUACAUGCGGGGUCUGAUGCACUUUGGCAGGUGUGUCAACGACGCGGGCCCGUACGACUAUGGUUACUACGACGCUCUGCGCCGGAAGUUGGCCGAUUCGUGUCGGGAGUUCACGAACCACCCGGACGUGUUGCCCGCCGCCCGCCGGCUGGUAUACGAUACCGCCAACCUGUACCUCCAACGAAUCGGCCAGACCGUGUACCGGCACGAAAUGGCAAGGGAGGCGCAGACGCCAACCGUUCAGGCGACGGCCGCCGCUACGAAAGCGUGGCCGCCCGCGCAUCGUUUUGUCGUCGUCGUCGCCACCACCGUUACGGUGUUAUACUUAUAA